AUGGAGGUGAUGUAUGCGUGUCGCUGUUGCCUGCGGUGUCCUCCGGAUUUGGACCUGACGACGCCGUACACACAUCUCGGCAAAACGGAGACAUACGCCGAUAUGCUCGAACAGUGCUUCGAUAUACAUCUGGUGGUGGGCGGCUCGGGCCCGUGCGGCAUCUGCUCUAUGUGCGUGGGCCGCCUGCGAGACGCGAGCGACUUCAAGCUGCAAGUGAAAAACAGCCAGUUGCUUCUGCAGGAGGCACUGCUAGUUAAAGAGGAGCCUGCGGGCAGCGGUGAGCAGGCCGAUGAUGCGGAUGAAGACUCUGUGUCCGAUGGAUUAUAUGAAGUGCCCAUAAAGUUGGAGUUGGAUACGCUUGGUGAAGAUGAGACGGGAAAAGUGUUGGAUGAAGACCCUCUAAUAAAGUCGGAGGCGUGUAACGAUGUGCAGAGUGACUCGGGGUCAGUGAUGGCGGGGCCGGGGCCCGAGUGUUCUCGCACCCUUGAAGGAAGCACGCCGAUGCACAGUGGAGAAAAACCAUACGCUUGCGAAGACUGUGGAAAACAUUAUAGAAAUAAGUAUACUUUAAGUAAACACAUACAACACACUCAUUUAUCGUCCGGACAGGAACAUCGAGGACAUAAUUGUAAGAAACUGUAUAAUUGUAGCCAUUGCGAUUACAAUUCCAUUCGAAAAUCAAACUUACGUGCUCACGAGAGGACACACACCGGGGACAAACCAUACACGUGCAGUUACUGUGAUUUCAAAUGCAGUCAUAAAUCGACCAUACGAAAACAUCAAAUGACGCAUACAAACGAACCAAAGAAAUUUAAAUGUAGCGAUUGUAACUACGAGUGUAGCCAGAAAGGACACCUACUAAGGCAUCAGAUGAUACACACCGGUGAAAAACCUUAUUCAUGUAGCUACUGUGAUUUCAAAUGCAGUGAUAGGUCGAGUUUAAAAAAACACCAAAUGAUACAUACUGGAGCGAAGCCAUUUAAAUGCGAUUGUGGCUACGAGUGUAGGCAGAAAUCGAACCUACACAGACAUAUGUUGAAACAUUACAAACAGAAUGAGAAGCCUUGUUAA